UGCUUUUGAACUGAGCGUGGUGUGGUGGGCACGACUCUCGCGUCGUCGUGCAGCUCAGGGCUGAUCGUGGCAGAGGCGCGACUCGAUCGCCAGGGCUUCGUAUCGACGUCUUUGCGGUACGACGCCGCACCGCCGUGGUGCUCGUUCCAACGCCUCAGGCUGGAGCCCGACUCGUCGUCAGAGUGGUAGGAGGUGGAUGCUUGAUCGAAGCGAGUAGGCGCUUCGCGAGGUAGCGAGCCGAGCUUGUUGUCCGACAUGAAUGCGGGCGCUUUGCCCUUGCUGCUGGCUUGUUGUCGAGGCUUUGUCUCCAGCGAUGCGCGCGUCACGUCUGACAUUUCGAUGUCGAUGGGCUGCGAAAGGGCGUCCUUGCUUCCUGCGCAGCUCACGUCCAGCGCGAGCAGCAGCGUGCCAAGAAGGAGAGAAAGGAACAGCUUCAUUGUGGGCGCGCGCGCGCGAUCCCCGUCGUUGCGCGCUUGGGACUCGUUUCGCGCACGAAAAAGUGAAUGUUCAAGAAGAGGCUCAAAGGCACUAUAUUUGUUGGCACGCCAAGCUCGCACAGCUUGCUGUGAGCGAGAAAGAAAAAGAGAUGGAGAUUCGCGAGCGCGGCAGAAAGCAAGAGGCAACCCCCUCUCUCUAGCGCGCAUUUUAUACCUCUUAGCAGCGCGAGACGCAGCGCGAGCAAGACGACGACCUCUCUGGUCAUCUCUCGACGACGGUCUCGACGCGGGGCAGAUCAAAUCAGAUUUCCUGGGGGGACGGAUCAGUGGCGAGCACCCGUGCGAGGACCUCACCGGUUUCAUGUUGCCAUUGACGCCCGCGGCGGGCCCGCGCGAUCAAAUGUGACUGCGUACGUGCGGCGUCGAACAAGUCGUGAGUCGCGGCGGCGAGUCGGAAGUGUCGCUCAGCGUGAAGCCAGCACACGGCCACGGCCCAGCUCAAGCAUCGAUCGCAUCAACAC